CUCUAAAAUUGGAGGUGGAGACGGUAAUUGAAAAUUUGAAUGAAUCAAGAAGAUUUUGAUUUUGAAGUCUGAGCACAGGUGGGAAAGAUUUUUUCAUUUUUGCGGUCUCCUCAACCUGAGCCAAAGGAAAGGAGAGAGGCUCAACCUCUCUCUUUUUCUCCUUUAAUUUUAUUUGACCCGAGUCCGCAGAAUAUUCAAGGAUGAGCACCCAAAUGGCUCCUCCUCCAGGUCUCAAGAGGAACAGUUUGACUCAGAAACGAGGUCCAUCGACGUCCAGGAAGUCCUCAUCGUCGGAGAAUGUCGCCGCCCAUGGAACAGUUGCCAAUUCAUCCUCUCCUCCUGCCCAAUCGUCUGUUGGCGGAGAGCGGACAGUGAAGAAAUUGAGGUUGUCUAAGGCUCUCACCAUUCCCGAGGGCACCACUGUAUCUGAGGCAUGUAGGAGGAUGGCAGCUCGACGUGUGGAUGCUGUUUUAUUAACUGAUGCCAAUGCUUUGCUUUCUGGGAUUGUUACUGACAAGGACAUUGCUGCUAGAGUAAUAGCGGAGGGUUUGAGACCAGAGCAGACAAUAGUAUCAAAGAUUAUGACAAGGAACCCUAUUUUUGUCACCUCGGAUUCAUUAGCCAUUGAAGCUCUUCAGAAGAUGGUCCAGGGCAAAUUUAGGCACCUCCCUGUUGUGGAAAAUGGUGAAGUUAUUGCACUGCUGGAUAUUACAAAGUGUCUUUAUGAUGCUAUAUCUAGAAUGGAGAAGGCUGCUGAGCAGGGGAGUGCCAUUGCUGCUGCUGUUGAAGGGGUGGAACGUCAAUGGGGAAGCAAUUUUUCUGCUCCAUAUGCAUUCAUAGAAACACUGAGGGAGCGAAUGUUCAAACCUGCUUUGUCUACCAUCAUUGGUGAACAGAUCAAGGUUGCGAUUGCUUCACUGUCAGAUCCUGUCUACAUUGCUGCAAAAAAGAUGAGUGAAUUGCGGGUUAAUUCAGUUAUCAUUGCGACAGGGAAUAAAAUUCAGGGGAUACUUACUUCGAAGGAUAUUCUCAUGCGAGUUGUGGCGCAAAAUCUUUCUCCUGAGUUGACCCUGGUGGAAAAGGUAAUGACACCGAACCCUGAAUGUGCAACAUUGGAGACAACAAUUCUUGAUGCAUUGCAUAUAAUGCAUGAUGGGAAGUUUUUACAUCUUCCUGUUGUGGAUAAGGAUGGAUCUGUUGCUGCCUGUGUAGAUGUUCUGCAGAUAACUCAUGCCGCAAUUUCUAUGGUUGAAAAUAGCUCUGGAGCAGUUAAUGAUGUAGCAAACACAAUGAUGCAAAAGUUCUGGGAUUCUGCCCUAGCUUUAGAGCCACCUGAUGAUUGUGAUACUCAGAGUGAAAUGUCAGCAAUAAUUACCUCAGAUGGGACUGAUGUUGGGAAGUAUGCUUAUCCAUCCCUUGGUGUUGGCAAUUCAUUUGCCUUCAAAUUUGUGGAUCCUAAGGGUCGAGUACAUCGUUUCAAUUGUGGCACUGAAAAUUUAGAUGAGCUUACAUAUGCUGUGUCGCAAAGGAUUGGUGUUGGUCGGGAUCAUCCUCAACUUUUGUACGAGGAUGAUGAAGGUGACAAAGUUUUAAUUGCAACCGAUGGUGAUCUCAUUGGUGCUAUUAACCAUGCUAGAACAACAGGAUUGAAGGUUUUAAGGUUGCAUCUGGAUUUUUUUGAUUCAAGUUAUCAAACAAGAUCACAGCCAGGUACACUGACCACCCAAAGGACGCCAUGGAGUUCUUUCCACACUUCUAUUUUGGCAAGCGCUCUUGUUUUAACGGGCAUUGGUGUGCUGGUCUACCUAAAGCGCUCAAAGUUAUGAAAUUAUGAUGACUUGAUGAAAUUGAAUUACUAAGAAAGUAGAUGAAUUGAGGAUUCCGCCAACAUCUGCAGAUAUUUGUUGUGCAGAUCUUUGAGAAUGAAUUAGCUUUAGAGAAAAUGCCUUUUAGUGAUAUCAGGAGACGUCAACAUGAUCAGAAAAGACUGAUUCUGUUGUGCAUGAGGAUUAAAAUUAAUCGCCAAUACAUUUAAAAUGCAAGAUGGAUUGCAUUUUUCGCAGGACAAUUUGUUUUGAAUGAUAAGAGCUAGACUCCAAAUUUUAGGUGUUACAUGAACCGUUAGCUAAAUAGUUUCACUUUUAGUAUUCAUUACUGUUCUGCAAGCAAAUAUCUUCGACGUUACUUCACAUGGAAUUUUUAAGGGGGAUUUUCUUUUACAUGUCGGUCAUGAAAAAGAAACUACUCUUAAGUGGUUAGCCUAAGCUUGAUGUACUCACUUCCUUAGCAUGAAAUUUGUACGUCCCUUAGUCAAAUUUUAUAAGAAACCAAUAUUAUGCCUGCAAAAUUAGAAUA